UUUGUAUCCGUCCAUCCAUCCGUCUCGCUCUAUUACAUACACACACAUUCGCAAGGCGUAUAAUAAUUUUUCUAAAUAAAUAAUAGUAGUAGCAGUACAGAAAUACAGAGCCCCUUAACUAGGGUGUGCUUGAUCCAUGAACCCACAAAUUUCUUUCUUUCUUUUCUCAUACAAGAAAAACUAAAAAACCGUCUCAACUGUCCUCCCGCCGUCGAUCACCACCUCCUAUUCUUUCUAAUUUUACUCUCUCGAUCUCUAUUUCUCCUGUUUAGCUUUCAUUUCUCUUUUGCUACCGCUCUCACCAACAGUAUCGAUGUUUUAUCGAUCUGAUGAACAGGUCAUGAUCCGAUCGGCUCGUUUUCCGUGCCGGAAUCGCUUAAAUCAGUAGCUGCUUUGCUCCGCAUCUCUCUAGAACCAUCGUCUAUCGAUUUUAGUAACUUAUCCUUUUUUGUCUCUCUUGUUUUUGUUAGUUUAGUGAGGAGCUUAACCGUAUUUGUUUCUAUAACAGGUUCGUUUGUUUCGUUCUCAGUUUUGCUACUUUGUUUUUUUUUUUUUCUAGCUCAAACUUCUUUUUUCAAAAAAUCUAUUGAAAAUCAAGUAUUUGAAGUGUUAAUCGAUUAAUUCUAAUAGAAAAUUUCCAAAUCCGUGAGGUCCUCUAUAAUAACUUCAUAUUUUCUUUUUUUUGUCCUUUUACCAUCUUUUAUUAUUCAGUUUUGUUUUUAUCAUUUUCAAGCUCAAAAUUUGUAAAUUACGAAUUCCUUUUAACAACUAAGUUUGCUUUCUUAUUGGCGUUCUUAAAAAAAAAAAUCAAUGGAAGAAAAUCACAAUAAAAAGAACAACUACUUAAAUUGUAGCGGAGGUGGUGGGGGGAUGUCCGACGUCGUAUUAGGGCUCGUGAUGCCGUACAUAAACGACCCGCGGGACCGCGACGCCGUUUCGUUAGUUUGCCGGAGAUGGUAUGAGCUAGAUGCGUUAACACGGAAGAACGUGACAAUAGCUUUUUGUUACAGUACAAGUCCAGAUCGAUUACGACGUCGUUUUAAUGACAUUGAAUCAUUAAAGCUAAAAGGGAAACCCCGGGCUGCUAUGUUUUUUAAUUUGAUACCGGAGGAUUGGGGAGGGUUUGUGACUCCAUGGGUUAAUGAAAUAGCGGAGAGUUUUAAUUGCUUGAAAUCGCUUCAUUUUAGAAGGAUGAUUGUUAAAGAUUCGGAUCUGGAGUUACUUGCUAGGUCCAGAGGGAGACUUUUGCAGGUUUUGAAGCUUGAUAAGUGCUCUGGGUUUUCCACGGAUGGCCUUUCGCACAUCGGUCGCUCUUGCAGGCAAUUGAGAACAUUAUUCUUGGAAGAGAGUGCAAUUGUUGAGAGAGAUGGUGACUGGCUCCAUGAGCUUGCUACGAACAAUACAGUUCUCGAGACUCUAAAUUUUUACAUGACAGAACUUACCAGAGUCAGAUCGGAAGACCUUGAGCUUCUUGCCAGGAACUGUCGUUCAUUAGUCUCUGUAAAGGUUAGCGACUGUGAAAUCUUGGAUCUUGUUGGUUUCUUUCAUGCUGCAUCUGCUUUAGAGGAAUUUUGUGGAGGUUCCUUCAAUGAGCCAGAUGAACCAGACAAAUACUCUGCUGUCAGAUUCCCCCCAAAAUUAUGCUGUUUGGGUCUUAGCUAUAUGGAGAAGAACGUAAUGUCAAUAGUGUUUCCUUUUGCAUCCCUGCUCAAAAAGCUGGAUCUCCUCUAUGCUUUUCUUGGCACGGAAGAUCAUUGUGUUUUAGUCCAAAGGUGCCCCAACUUAGAAGUUCUUGAGACAAGAAAUGUUAUUGGAGAUAGAGGGUUGGAAGCCCUUGCCCAGAGUUGUAAGCUACUAAAGAGGCUUCGAAUAGAGCGUGGUGCCGAUGAGCAGGGAAUGGAGGAUGUGGAUGGCCGAGUUUCACAUAGAGGAUUAAUUGCCUUGGCUCAAGGCUGCUUAGAACUCGAGUACAUCGCCGUUUAUGUUUCUGAUAUUACCAAUGCAGCUCUAGAACAUAUGGGCACAUACUCAAAGAACCUCAAUGAUUUCCGCCUGGUCUUGCUUGAGCAAGAAGAGAGGAUAACCGACCUGCCCCUUGACAAUGGAGUUCGAGCUCUAUUAAGGGGCUGUGAAAAGCUCCAAAGGUUCGGUCUGUAUCUCCGACCAGGGGGUUUGACUGAUGUGGGUCUUGGAUAUAUUGGACAGUACAGCAGACGAGUAAGAUGGAUGAUUCUAGGUAGUGUUGGGGAGUCUGAUGAAGGGCUUUUGGCGUUUUCCAGAGGCUGUCCUAGCCUGCAAAAACUUGAAAUGAGGGCCUGUUGCUUCAGUGAGAGUGCACUGGCUAGAGCUGCCUUGCAACUGACUUCUCUGAGGUACUUGUGGGUGCAUGGUUAUAGAGAGACCUCUACUGGUCAUCGUGAUCUCUUAACAAUGGUUCGCCCAUUUUGGAACAUCGAAUUGAUUCCUUCUAGAAAGGUUGAGUCGGUUAAUGAAGCUGGAGAAAGUAUUGUUUCCGAGAAUCCGGCCCACAUUCUUGCAUAUUACUCCCUUGCUGGACCAAGAACAGACUUCCCAGAUACUGUGAGACCACUGGAUCCAGCGAACAUAGUUGCUGCGUAGAGCUGUAUAUGAAGUUGAUGUCAUGUUCUUUUUAUUGCCACGUCCUGUUUAUAGAUUUAUCCAUCUUUUUACCAUUUGGGUAAGAGUGUUUCGGUUUAAUUUUAAAUUUCGAUUUUACUUAGACCGUUGUCCUGUAAUAAGUCUACGUUCUCAGCUGUAAUUUAGCACUUCCGCUCUAGGUACACUACUGUCUUUCUUCUGUCGUCUGUGGCAGUUAGCUUAACCUUUUGGUGACUUUGUAUUUCAUCUGCUUCAAUGUUGGAAAUGUUGCUAGAA